AUGGUUUACGUCCGAGCUUGUAUUCUAGUGACGUUGAACUUCUUUCAAUUGAUCCGUUCGACUUCACAAGUUGACGAUCGUGCCCUAACGAUUGCCGCGUCAAUCGAUGAUUAUUUUUGUCAAAAUUACGUUCUCAUGUGUUUUUUUCGCCGUCAACACCAUCGAUCAUACAAUGAUCAACAAUUCGAUCAAUGUGAAACAUAUUUAAUUCUCAAUUCAUGUCUAAGUUCGUCUCCGAAACUAUCGCAGAAUUGUUCGCCAAGUUUACUCAAGAAAGUGAAGAAAAAUCUGACGAGUGAAACUCCGACCUAUUGUUUUACUUCGGCGAUAUAUAAAACCUUCUACAAGCAACAUCUGCGUUCGAUCGCCUCAUCCUCUGGAACAAUGAUCAACUGGCAAAUAUUCCUGUAUGUUUUUUCUACUUAUCUGAUAUCCUAA